AUGAGGCGACUCCUGCCGUUUUACCGGGCUCUGAACGCCCUGUGUAACAGACAAGUCAAGCGAAGAGCUGGAUUUGCCGGUUCUCAGUGCGGGUUUAGCGGAACCGUGUCUGAUAGCAAGGUACGAUUUGAACUGCAGCUGUUGCUUCCAAAUUAAUUCUGCACUGUCCGUUGAUACAUUGUAGACGUCUGGCAAUUAAUACAUUGUAGCCAAAUGUUUCCUUGUAAUACGAGGCACACCAAAAUGUAGCAUUGCAGAGGUAACUUUUUGGAUGCGCGCUUUGUGUCCGAAUGUUACUGCCUCUAGGGGAGCAGACUUGUGAGGGCAACUAUCCUAAAUCCAAGAUGUGUGGGUAUUUUAUUGAUACAUAAAUCCACAACCCAUAGUCAAUUUUGAUUUAAUGUAGACAAAUGUUGCACAUUUUAAUUGUGGUAAACUGGCCAGUAUAAGACAAUCAGAUGAUUUUCCAUAAUAUGUCAAAACAACGUCCCCUUUGUUUAUGCCAAAUCGCAGUCUUGAGUCGAUGCAGUAUGCUGAGGUUUUGUAGCUUUCAAUGCGGAUGUUUUAGCCUCUGAUGAUGCAUUUUGAUGUGUCAUUCCCAGGGCUCGUCGUCUGCCUUUGAUUACACACUGUUCUUAGCAGUCAAUUCUGCAUCACUCAUCUUGUAAUGUAGACUACAAUGAAUUGGAAUACAUCUCGUUUUUUCCUCUCUAAAUAAUACAUUUACAUUUUAGUCAUUUAGCAGACGCUCUUAUCCAGAGCGACUUACAGUUAGUGAGUGCAUACAUUAUUAUUUUUAUUUUUUUCAUACUGGCCCCCCGUGGGAAACGAACCCACAACCCUGGCGUUGCAAACGCCAUGCUCUACCAACUGAGCUACAUCCCUGCCGGCCAUUCCCUCCCCUACCCUGGACGACGCUGGGCCAAUUGUGCGACCGGCUACGACAGAGCCUGGAUCUCUGGUCAUCGGAUAGGAGUCAGAGGUGCAAAUACAGUGGGGUCCGGAAUUAUUGGAUCCCUUGAUAAAGAUGAGCAAAAAAUACUGUAUAAAAUAAAUACAAAUACUGAGCUAUAUUCUAUGCACAUUUUUAUUUAUUAUUAUAUCAUUUUAUACUAAUGCAAUUGCUCAGAGGAAUAGAUUUUGUUUUACAAGUAAUACAAAAAAUCUAAAAAUGAUAGGGAUCCAAUAAUUUUGACUCGUGUUCAAUACUCCAACAUUGAAUACUUCCUUGUGAGGAUAAUGACACAGCCUUUUUUCUAAAAGGUUUUAUGAGAUCUUAGACCAUUCCACUACAGAAUAUUUCUAGAUCCAUGAUAUCCUUCAUCUGCGCUUAUGGACUGCCCUCUUCAAUUCAAACCACAUGUUUUCAAUGGGGUUCAAGUCCAGAGACUGAGAUGGCAAUUGCAAAAUGUUGAUUUUGUAGUGUGCUGUGGUUAUUGUCUUGCCGGAAGAUUCACUUGCGGCCAAGUUUCAGCCUCCUGGUAAAGGCAACCAGGUUUUUGAACAAUGCAUAUGUAGAAAAUACCUCAUCCCUACUGUAAAAUAUGUUGGUGAAGCUUUGAUGUUAUUGGGCUAUUUUGCUUCCACUGGUCCUGGGGCAAUUGUUAAGGUCAACGGCUUUAUCAAGUAGCAGGGCAUUUUAGCCAAAAACCUGGUUACCUCUGCCAGGAUGCUGAAACUUGGUCGCAAGUGGAUCUUCCAGCAAGACGAUAACCCCAACCACACAUCAAACUCCACAAAUAAAUUAUUAAUUGACCACAUAAUCUACAUUUUAGCUUAGUCUUCGGACUUGAACCCCAUUGAAAACGUGGUUUGAAUUGAAGAGGGCAGUCCAUAAGUGCAGACGAAGGAUAUCAAGAAUCUGGAAAGAUUCUGUAUGGAGGAAUGGUCUAAGAUCCCUCCUGAUGUGUUCUCCAACCUCAUAAAACAUUUUAGAAAAAGGCUCAGUGUCGUUAUCCUCACAAGAGGAGGAUGCUGGAUUGAAAACAGGGGAUCCAAUCAUUUUGAUCACUAUCUUUUAGAGUUUAAAAAAAAUCUCUUUCUCUGAGCAAUUGUAUUAGUAUAAAAUAUGUUACAUUUUUUGGCACAUACAAUAUAGCUCAGUAUUUUUAUUAUUUAUUUAUACAGCAUUUUCUUUGCUCAUCUUUAUCAAGGGAUCCAAUAAUUCUGGACGCCACUGUAUGAUGCUUAUUUUCUCUGUAUGUGAGCUGCCUGCACAAUUCACAUUUCCUUCCACUUCUACCUUGAGACUGUUGUAGCCUGAUCCACACCAUAGCGAAACAGAACGUAAGCUCACAAGACUUCAGGAUGGUCGUACAAGGCUAAGACUGUUGAGCAACACCCUGGAAAUAGAUGUGUUGUUACAUAGCUAUAGAAACUAAAUAAUUACUAGAUGUAUAUUUAAAACAGAACUACACACAGGAUCCUGUAUCUAUUCUUGUCUAUCAACUCAGACCCAUGGCUUGGGGAUAUGAAAUAUGUUGGGUCCUAUGAUAUUGAGUGUAAUAAUUUUAAAUGUUGCAUGAUGUCAACAUUACCGUUUUUUAUGUCAGCAUGUAGUGAUCUAGAAAGUGGAAUAUGAGUCACUCUCUCCCUAUCCCAUCCUCAGCCACGCUUUGGCCUGCUGUUUGACAUUGAUGGCGUGCUUGUCCGGGGAAAGAUGCCCAUCCCUGCUGCAAAAAAGGCCUUCCAAAAACUGGUCAACUCUCAGGGACAAUUUGUGGUGCCAGUUGUUUUUGUUACCAAUGCAGGGAAUUGCAUGCGGCAGACGAAAGCGGACCAGCUCUCUCACAUCCUGGGAGUGCCUGUAAGUGUCUCGCACCUACUCACAGCUCUCUUCUGCCACACACAAACUGUAAUGACUAUGCCCUCAUUUAAUUUCGGUCCAUGUGGGCAGUUAGCCGGAACAAUAUUGCAGUGAACAGCAGGGCAGGGAAGCGAACCUGGGUUCUCUGGUGUGAAAGGCAAACACCCUUCGCAUUGCGCCAAUAGGGUUUACCCACUUGGUAGGAAUUGAAACAUGGAUCAUACUGUAUAGCGAGUAUCGCUACAAUAUGUACCUUAGUGCACUCAUGUUGUACAUGUUAGUGUGCUACAUUGUCUGUUGACUUUGAACGAGUUCUCAGCGACAUGAUGGAGAAAUAUAACCACCAGAGGUACCUAGACAAUGAUGUGUGUUGAAUGCAGCCUUUUGACAGGACAUUAAAGUGUGUGUGUGUAUUGUUGCACAGUAAAUCAAACUAAUCAUCACCUCUUGAAGAUAGGUCUGCUGUAGGUCUCAUACCAGUCAUGCUCUGGCUCAGCCUAUCUGACAGGUAUUUUUCUUACCAGAUCACUAUGGACCAGGUGAUGAUGUCACACAGUCCACUGAGGAUGUUCAAGAAGUACCAUGACAAGUGCGUUCUGGUGUCAGGACAAGGACCCGUUCUAGAUAUUGCCAAAAAGUAUCCUUUCGAAAUAUGUGUUGUCAGACAUGAUCAAAGCAUCUGCUUGGCCUGAUGAGAGAAAAUAUCUUCUAUUUUACACACAAAUGAAGUAACAAGCUAAUUAUAAUGAAUUUGCUAUGCGUUGGUGUAAUACUUAACCAUGUUAAGCUUGGGCUUCCAGAAUGUGGUCAGUAUCGACAUGCUGAGAGAGUCAUUUCCUCUUCUGGACAUGGUGGACCACAACAGACGACCCAAAGUGCCAGUGAGUCUGUAUACAUCAAGAUCCAUAGACAGGCUAUAUUUCAGAGUCUUUCCUAAGCAUGUUCAAUUUUUUAUUUUCAGUCCAGUCAAAUUGCCAACCUUCCCACAGUAGAAGGUAAGAGCUUGUGAACAGAUACUCUUCUUCUGAUUGAUCUUGUUAUUGAACUGUCACAGUAAUUGCAUAUCAUAUCCAUCAUAUUCCAAUUAUUUUCUCUUCCCGGUCCAGCUGUUAUUCUGUUUGGGGAGCCCAUCCGAUGGGAGACCAACCUCCAGCUGAUAAUUGAUAUCCUGUUGACCAAUGGGAACCUAAGCGGAGCCCACCAGAGCCAGAAGCUGCCCCAUCUCCCCCUGCUGGCCUGCAACAUGGACCUCAUGUGGAUGGCCGAGGCCCAGUCUCCACGGUAACCACAGUGACUUAAAGCUGUUAUUGAAAUGUGGUGAAUAGGCCGAUAUGAAUAGACUGAAAGACAUUUGUUUUUUCACCAUAGAAUCUAUUCAUGUCCUGGAUGCAAAAUGGGACCUAGCUCAUUGAAGUCUGGCCUUCAAGAAAAGCUGUUGAAUGAGCUUAGUUUACUUUUUGUUUAAUUUUGCUUCUGUACAUCAUGUAAACUCCAGGUUUGGUCAUGGGACGUUCCUGGUGUGCCUGGAGAACAUCUAUAAGAAAAUAACAGGUAAAGAGGUGAAGUACAAGGCUCUGAUGGGGAAGCCCAGUGAACUGACCUACCACUUUGCUGAGUACCUUAUCAGAGGCCAGGCUGUGGAGAGAAACUGGACACAGCCCAUCACCUCCCUCUAUGCUAUUGGGUAAGACACCUGUCAUCUCACUGUUUACAGCAAACAUUUAUUUUACGGGAAAGAUACUAGGUUACAAAUGGGUAAUCACACAAUGAUAAAUGGAAAAACUUGUUUGUUCUUUUGGGUUUCAAGGCACAGCUAGACUGUCGCUACAGUAGAUGCUAUAUGCUGAUGUCCAUGAUGAUGCUAUAUGCUGAUGUCCAUAAAGAUGCUACAGUGGGGGAAAAAAGUAUUUAGUCAACCACCAAUUGUGCAAGUUCUCCCACUUAAAAAGAUGAGAGAGGCCUGUAAUUUUCAUCAUAGGUACACGUCAACUAUGACAGACAAAAUGAGAAAAAAUUCCAGAAAAUCACAUUGUAGGAUUUUUAAUGAAUUUAUUUGCAAAUUAUGGUGGAAAAUAAGUAUUUGGUCAAUAACAAAAGUUUCUCAAUACUUUGUUAUAUACCCUUUGUUGGCAAUGACACAGGUCAAACGUUUUCUGUAAGUCUUCACAAGGUUUUCACACACUGUUGCUGGUAUUUUGGCCCAUUCCUCCAUGCAGAUCUCCUCUAGAGCAGUGAUGUUUUGGGGCUGUUGCUGGGCAACAUGGACUUUCAACUCCCUCCAAAGAUUUUCUAUGGGGUUGAGAUCUGGAGACUGGCUAGGCCACUCCAGGACCUUGAAAUGCUUCUUACGAAGCCACUCCUUCGUUGCCCGGGCGGUGUGUUUGGGAUCAUUGUCAUGCUGAAAGACCCAGCCACGUUUCAUCUUCAAUGCCCUUGCUGAUGGAAGGAGGUUUUCACUCAAAAUCUCACGAUACAUGGCCCCAUUCAUUCUUUCCUUUACACGGAUCAGUCGUCCUGGUCCCUUUGCAGAAAAACAGCCCCAAAGCAUGAUGUUUCCACCCCCAUACUUCACAGUAGGUAUGGUGUUCUUUGGAUGCAACUCAGCAUUCUUUGUCCUCCAAACACGACGAGUUGAGUUUUUACCAAAAAGUUAUAUUUUGGUUUCAUCUGACCAUAUGACAUUCUCCCAAUCCUCUUCUGGAUCAUCCAAAUGCACUCUAGCAAACUUCAGACGGGCCUGGACAUGUACUGGCUUAAGCAGGGGGACACGUCUGGUACUGCAGGAUUUGAGUCCCUGGCGGCGUAGUGUGUUACUGAUGGUAGGCUUUGUUACUUUGGUCCCAGCUCUCUGCAGGUCAUUCACUAGGUCCCCCCGUGUGGUUCUGGGAUUUUUGCUCACCGUUCUUGUGAUCAUUUUGACCCCACGGGGUGAGAUCUUGCGUGGAGCCCCAGAUCGAGGGAGAUUAUCAGUGGUCUUGUAUGUCUUCCAUUUCCUAAUAAUUGCUCCCACAGUUGAUUUCUUCAAACCAAGCUGCUUACCUAUUGCAGAUUCAGUCUUCCCAGCCUGGUGCAGGUCUACAAUUUUGUUUCUGGUGUCCUUUGACAGCUCUUUGGUCUUGGCCAUAGUGGAGUUUGGAGUGUGACUGUUUGAGGUUGUGGACAGGUGUCUUUUAUACUGAUAACAAGUUCAAACAGGUGCCAUUAAUACAGGUAACGAGUGGAGGACAGAGGAGCCUCUUAAAGAAGAAGUUACAGGUCUGUGAGAGCCAGAAAUCUUGCUUGUUUGUAGGUGACCAAAUACUUAUUUUCCACCAUAAUUUGCAAAUAAAUUCAUUAAAAAUCUUACAAUGUGAUCUUCUGGAUUUUUCUUUCUCAAUUUGUCUGUCAUAGUUGACGUGUACCUAUGAUGAAAAUUACAGGCCUCUCUCAUAUUUUUAAGUGGGAGAACUUGCACAAUUGGUGGUUGACUAAAUACUUUUUUCCCCCACUGUAUAUGCUGUUGUCCAUAAUGAUGCUAUAUGCUGAUGUCCAUGAUGUGGGAUGUAGUGUCUGUACUACUUGAUUCCUCUCCUUGAUUUCCUUUCUUUUCCUUUGCCUCUCUACUCCCUCAGGGAUAACCUGAUGACUGAUAUCUAUGGGGCCAACCUCUAUAACCGCUACCUGGAGGAGAGGACAAGGAGGAAGAACUCCAAAGCUGUCGCCAAGAUGGCCACCGGCACGGGCGCCAACGCAGCCCUGCCCCAGGUCAACGACCACGUAGAGAACGCCUGGGAGAGCGAGCUGGCACCCCCCUCUGCCACCUCCUGCAAGUCCAUCCUGGUAUGCACUGGGGUGUACAACCCCCACACAGAGGUGCCCACCGACACCAACCAGUCCAUCAAGGAGACUGUGUUCCACGGGCACCGUGACUUCCGCUUUGACCCGGCGCUGGUGGAGCCCGGGCACAUCGUGCAGGACGUGGCUGAUGCUGUGGAGCUCAUCUUUGAGCAGGAGAAGUUUGUGCCUCAGUAA